AUGUCGAANAUCGUUAGUUAUGAUUAAUUAAGAUAAAUCAAAUUUAGUCAUUUUGGGGAGAGUCCUUUCUUUUAAUUUUAGAUUCCAUUUAUCUUUCAAUCUCAACUUAGAUAUGAAAACAAUAUUGAAGAUCCCUAUCUUCCUGAAUUUGAUGAUGAGCAUCUGCUUAGAGAAGAGGACAAACAAACAAAGUUUGAGAGGUAAUCAUAUAAAUUCUACUAUUAAGAUAUGUUAUUGAUAGUAAAUAUGAGAAUGAGAAAUAAUAAAUGAAGGAUGAAGUCAAAUAGUAAGUUAUGGAGAAUAGAAAGUUGAAUAAAUCAAAAAUACUGUAAAGCAACAUGUAGCAAUCAAGAAUUGUUUAAAUUGAUGAUCAUCAAGAGUGA